AGCGAGAAGAUCAUAAAUGCCAGAGCCAUUUAACUGAUGGUUGGCUGUUGAAUUCUGAUACUUUCUUAAAUACCUUCUUGCACCAACAUCUUCAUUGGGAGGAGCUCAGCAAAAGUAGAGAAAAGGAGAGACAACAUUCAUAUUUACCAUGGCUAUACCAAUAACAGUGCUUGACUGUGAUCUCUUACUGUAUGGCCGAGGUCACCGGACAUUGGACCGCUUUAAGCUGGAUGAUGUGACUGAUGAAUACUUGAUGUCCAUGUAUGGGUUUCCUCGACAUUUUAUUUAUUACUUGGUGGAGCUUCUGGGGGCAAGCCUAUCUAGACCUACUCAGCGAUCCAGGGCUAUUAGCCCAGAGACACAGAUCCUUGCAGCAUUGGGCUUUUAUACCUCAGGUUCCUUCCAGACUCGGAUGGGAGAUGCUAUUGGAAUCAGUCAGGCUUCUAUGAGUCGUUGUGUUGCCAAUGUCACCGAAGCACUUGUGGAAAGGGCCUCACAGUUCAUUCACUUUCCAGCUGAUGAAGCUUCCAUGCAGGCUCUGAAGGAUGAAUUCUAUGGUUUGGCAGGGAUGCCAGGGGUGAUAGGGGUGGUUGACUGUAUCCAUGUGGCAAUCAAGGCACCAAAUGCUGAAGACCUCUCCUAUGUGAACCGCAAAGGUCUGCAUUCUUUAAACUGCCUGAUGGUGUGUGACAUCAGAGGAGCACUAAUGACUGUGGAGACAAACUGGCCAGGCAGUCUACAGGACUAUGCUGUACUGCAGCAGUCUUCUCUCAGUAGUCAGUUUGAAGCCGGGAUGCACAAAGAUAGCUGGUUUCUUGGUGACAGUUCCUUCUUUCUCCGCACCUGGCUCAUGACACCACUUCACAUUCCUGAAACUCCAGCAGAAUAUCGCUAUAAUAUGGCCCAUUCUGCAACUCACAGUGUGAUUGAGAAGACUUUCCGAACCCUCUAUUCCCGAUUCCGCUGCCUGGAUGGAUCCAAGGGGGCACUACAGUACUCACCAGAAAAGUCCAGCCACAUCAUCUUGGCUUGUUGUGUCCUCCACAACAUCUCCCUAGAGCAUGGGAUGGAUGUUUGGUCCUCUCCAAUGACAGGACCCAUGGAACAGCCCCCUGAGGAAGAGUAUGAGCACAUGGAGUCCCUGGACUUAGAGGCUGACCGUAUCCGUCAGGAGCUGAUGCUCACGCAUUUUAGCUAAUGUGGAAGAUGGGGAGGAGGAAGACUUCCCGGAAGGAGCUGUGACAAACUUUCCCCCUUACCCCCUUCCACACAGUUCCAUCACGUAGCAUAAGUGAGUGUGCGAACACUUAUCAUAAAUUGACAUUUAAUCUGUGUGUUUUAGAAGGGUUGAGGCUAUGCCAGAACAUCUUGAUUCGUUUACAAAUGUAUUAAGUAAACCAAAACCAAGA